UAAAAAUAAAAAAAACAGACACAUGAGGAGGAGCGAUAUCAGAAGAGGAGGAAUAAAGAUAAUGAGGGAGGGGCUCUGAGAAAAAUAUAUAUCCAUGACACUUCCUCUCCUGAUCAGUUUAUCACACCUUCCAUCCUUCUGAAGCUGUCGUCAUUUCAACAUGAGAGCUAUUGUAUUGCUGUGUCUGCUGGAAGCAGCAUUUGCUGAUAUGAUCUAUCACUGGGAUGGACCUGGCCGCGUAGCACCGGACCCCAACACAGGCAAUGCGUGUCACACAGACCCGGGGUCUUGUGGCUGCUGUCUGAUGCAGCAAAAGAUACACAGGCUGAAGAUGUACUUAAACGGGACUCUGAAUACCUUGGAGAAGGAAUACUUACAAGCAAAGCAAAGUCUCCACAUUAUUGAAACCAGCCGCACCGCCUUCUCUGUUGGUCUAUACAGUGAUGAUCGUGCUAUGUGCUAUGGCCCGUACGAUUUCAACAGCCUCAUCAUCUACAAACAGGUCUUCCUUAACCUGGGUGGCAACUACAAUGUGGAGACUGGUAUCUUCACUGUUCCACGCUCUGGUGUGUACAUCCUUGCCGUCACCAUCUACAGUGACGCUGGAGCUCCUGGUGCCAAACUGGCCAUCUGCACCAGUCUGCAGGUUGACGGCCAGGUGGUGGUCGGAACCAAAGACGUAAAUACAUAUGACCAAGAGGACAGUGCCACUAUUGUUGUGGCCCUCCACUUGAAGGCUGAGAACCAGGUGGCUGUCAACCUGCCCAAAGGCUGCUUCCUCUGUGAUGACAACAGCCACUAUAACACUUUCAGUGCCUUUCUGCUUUAUGCUACUGAAUAAGUUAGCGAGGUGUAGUGCACUGUUGUUUGUACCAAGUCUUUCCCUACUAACAAGGUUAGAGUCUGCUAGAUGAAGUCUUUCUGUGGUGGCAUCUGUGCCUUAUAGUCUCUCAUCUCUCUUUUUGAGAGAAACCAGGUUUAAAUCCAUCACAUCUGGAUUCAACCCCUGCAAUUUGAAAGCUUAUGAACCUCAAAGCAUGAGUAUCUUCUUUCUGUAAGAGCUGAAAUGAUGUCAUGUAAAGUUUGAGAGAAAUAUGCUGGACACCCAUUUAAACAAAG